AUGUCAGCCCUUGAGCUUUCUGCAAAGGGAGCUGUUCGCAGCAAGCAUGUGCUAUAUGGGAGGAUCUGUCUGUAUCGCCCCAGGCCACGGGACCUGGAGCACCUUCCCGUGGGAGGAGUGUAUUCCCUUGCUUCUUCAGCUUUAGGCUUGGAAGAGGGUGGGAGUUGUACAUGCCAAGUCCAAGUCAAAGCUUUAAGGGCCAUUGUGGACUUCUGCUUUGUGUCUUCGUCCGUGACCAUGAGGAUGGAGCUGCACCUGUGUGAGGAAGACCCUGUCUGGAAGGAGGUUUCUGGUCACCUGAAGAUGGUUUCUCCAAGCUCGGGAGAAUGGACGUUGCCUCAUCCCCUGGUCACAGGUUCCACACUGCUUAAAGCUGUGGUGGAUGCGCUGGGGGGAUCUGGAAUUUUGCCUCUUACAGAAGGACUCUGUGGUCUGGACAAGCAGCCAUAUCCUAAGAUGGUAGCAGAGACCACACCAAAGAUGGUAGCAGAGACCAUGCCAGCCAAAGACUCAACAGGGAUGCGGCUACCUCAACAGACAGCAAUGUGUGGACCUAGGACCCUCCAGGAAGUGAAGCCCUUCCCAAUUACCAGCGUGGCUGGGGAUGUGCUAGCCAAUUGUGACAAACACAUCAUCUCUGAAUGUGGACAGUGGAGUCCCAUUUCAGAAGGUGACAACCCUCACAGCAACAACUGCACAUACUUUCUUACAGGGUCGGAUGCCUGUAACACGCCUGCACGGAUUUUUGUCAACCGCAGCCUGGCACUGGGGAAGAUCCGUUGCCUUGGCUUCGACAUGGACUACACUCUGCCUGCCUACAAGUCCCCAGCCUAUGAGGCCCUGGCCUUCCAGCUGCUGCCGGAGCUCCUAGUGUGCAUCGGAUACCCACAUGAGAUCCUGCGCUACACCUACGACCCCACAUUCCCCACAAGGGGGCUGUUGUUCAGUGCGCUCUAUGGGAACCUGCUGAAGGUGAAUGCCCACGGGGAUGUGCUGCUGGGUGCCCAUGGCUUCACCUUUCUCUCAGAGGCAGAGAUCUGAAGCUUCUACCCCAACAAGUUCAUUCAGAGGGAUGACCUGCAGCGCUUCCACAUCCUCAACACGCUCUUCAACCUGCCUGAAACCUACCUCUAUGCCUGCCUGGUGGACUUCUUCUCCAGCUGCUCCCGUUACACCAACUGUGACACCGGUUAUCAGCAUGGGAACCUCUUCAUGUCCUUCCGAAGCCUCUUCCAGGAUGUGACUGACGCCAUGAAUAAUGUUCACCAGUCGGGCUGUCUCAAGGAGAAGACCCUGGAGGACUUGGAGAAAUAUGUGGAGAAGGAUCCACGCCUCCCCAUCCUGCUGGGGAAGAUGAAGGAGGUUGGGAAAGUGUUUCUGGCCACCAACAGCAGCUACAACUACACCGAUUGAGCCAUCAUGACCUACCUGUUCAGCAUCAGUGAGGCUGAAGCCUCGGUCAGGCCCUGGAGGUCCUACUUCCACCUGAUAGUGGUGGACACGCAGAAGCCCCGCCUCUUUGCAGAGGGCGUGGUCCUGAGGCAGGUCAACACGGACUCAGGAAAGCUCCGCGUGGGCACCUACACAGGGCCGCACCAGCACUGUGCUGUCUACUCUGGAGGCUCAUCGGACAUGGUGUGCGAGCUGCUUGGGGUUUGGGGGAAGGACAUCCUGUAUAUUGGGGACCACAUUUUUGGGGACAUUCUGAAGUCCAAGAAGCGGCAGGGCUGGCGGACCUGCCUGGUGGUUCCUGAGCUGUCCUGGGAGCUGGACAUCUGGGCCCGGGAGAAGGAGGGGUUGGAGGAGCUGAAGAGGCUGGACAUGCACCUGGCAGACCUAUACCAGCACAUGCAUGGGAGCAGUUGUGAGCUGCAAGUCAUCAACUUUACCAAGAGAGAGAUCCAGAUGCCACAUGAGUCAGUUGUGGAGCAAGAACGGGCCAGUCUGGACCCUGCCUCCUGCCUCCUCUCCUGCAGCCAGAGGAACUGCAGGGAAAGGGGCGAGGCAAAGAAUAUGAGACAAGAGAAGGUGGAGAAAGGACAUAAGGCUUUGGAUUAG